GAAGGGAAAGGAGGACGACCUGUUACGUAAACGGACGCAGCACGCUUAACGCAUAUGCCUUUAUAAGAGCCAGAACAAGCUCGUCAACCGGAAAAGAGUGUGCUGCAGCAUAGUUCGCCUUGAUUCAACACUCGUGACGCCAUGAACAAGCUUGUAAUUGCCUUUGCGGUGAUCGCUCUUGCAGCCGUCUGUCAUGGAGCUGCGUCUGGAAGCCGCCAGACUGACUGUCAGCGGCGAGCUGAGCAAGAACGCAGAGUGACUGCCCUGCCCGGUCAUAUUGUUCCCGAAUGUGAUGCAAAUGGAGAGUACAAAGCCAAGCAGUGCUUUGGAGCACGCAGGAAGGGAAAUCCUUUCUGCUCCUGCUACACCCGCGAUUACGUUCAGAUCAAGGGCCCAUCCACCAAAAUCACCGACUGCGAAUGUGUCCGCGAACGCCACGAAAUCCUCCAGCAGCAGCGCCGAGCCGGCAACCGUGCCGGAAAUGUUCCCACUUGCAAUGAGGAAACUGGAGAGUACGUCAGGGGAUAAAGGUCUGAACUCCGUUAACACAAAGAGCCAACAGGAGAUGGUCACCUAUUCUUGAAAUGCCUCCUGCAACCGUUCGACUUUAUUUUGAUUUCUAUUGUCUCUUAAACACCGUUGGCGUAACGAAUCAUGUUCACCCUUCAAGAAGAAUCGAGAGACACAUUCUGUCGUAUUUUGAUGCACAGUCCGGUAUCAUAAACCUGAAUAAAGUUUAAUAUUUUGUUUCCUG